AUGAAGCACGACCGCGGAGAUGCAGGGGAACACUCUACCACUUUGGACCCUGAAAAGCUCAAGGCCACGGUUGAACCCACUACCGAAGCUGAAUCUCAGAGUGGCGAUGACCUCGAUGACAACAACUCUCGGAAACACGUUUUCUCCGACCCGCUCGUUGCAGAACAUUGGCGGAGCAUAUACGAGAAAGCUGGGUACGAGAACAGACACCGGUUCGAUCCAGCAUUCGCGUGGACUGCCGAAGAUGAGCGAAAGCUUGUUAGGAAGGUAGAUUUUAGGAUCAUGACAUGGGCUUGGAUCAUGUUUUGUGCGUUGGAUAUGCAUCGCAGGAAUAUCAACCGGGCGAUUUCGGACAACAUGCUGGAAGAACUAGGCAUGAACACAAACGACUUCAACUAUGGACAAACCAUCUUCCUUGCGUCCUUCCUCUCGGCAGAGCUUCCAAGUGGUCUCAUAAGCAAGAAACUCGGUGCUGACAGAUGGAUCCCCUCCAUAAUCGUGGGAUGGUCUGUUGUAGCUGGUUCACAGACGUUCCUGACCGGUCGUGCGGGCUUCUACGCCAUCAAAGCCCUUCUAGGCUUGCUCAUGGGUGGUUUCAUCCCAGACAUUGUCCUGUACCUCACUUAUUUCUAUAAAUCUAACGAGCUCCCUACUCGUUUGGCAUGGUUUUGGACUGCCCUAAGCACAGUCAACGUUGUUGGUUCUCUGCUCGCGGCAGGUGUCCUUCAGAUGAGAGGAAUCAACGGCUGGUCUGGUUGGCAGUGGCUUUUCCUCUUGGAAGGCCUGCUUACUUUGAUCGUGGGCCUCUUCUCUUUUGGGCUCAUGCCCCCGGGACCCUGCCAGACUCGUAAUUGGUUCCGCGGCUCCAAGGGCUGGUUCGAUGAGCGAGAAGAAAAGAUCAUGGUGAAUCGCUUGCUCCGAGAUGACCCGAGUAAGGGUGACAUGAACAAUCGCCAGGCUGUUGGCCUCAAGCUACUGUGGAAGGCUAUCCAGGACUGGGAGCAGUGGCCUCUCUAUCUUGUUGGCCUCACCACUUACAUCCCGCCGAGUCCCCCACAGAACUACCUAUCUCUCAUCCUACGGCAGCUAGGCUUCUCGGUAUUCGAGGCAAAUCUGCUCGUCAUUCCGUCGCAGGUCAUGUUCGCGUUGAACCUCCUCUUUGUCACCUGGGUCUCAAGGCGGCUUCAAGAACGGGCGAUAGUAUCAUCGUUUGCAAAUAUCUGGAUCUUCCCAUGGAUGCUUGCUCUGGUGGUCCUACCUGCUUCUGCGUCUCCAUGGGUCCGGUACGGAAUACUCACAGCACUUCUCUCGUAUCCUUACUGCCACGCAAUCUUGGUGGCCUGGAACGCGAAGAACAGCAAUGCCGUGCGGACGCGAGCUGUCUCGGCGGCUUUGUACAACAUGUUUGUGCAGUCUGGAAACAUUAUCGCAUCCAACAUCUACAGGGAUGACGAUAAGCCCCUCUACAAGAGAGGCAACAGCAUUCUUCUGGGCAUAACCUGUUUUAACAUUGUCUUGAUGUACCUGGUCAAAGCUUUCUACAUCUGGCGGAACCGUGUUCGCGACCGAAAGUGGAACGCAUUGACUACUGAGGAGCAAGAGCAAUAUCUGAUAAAUACAAAAGAUGAAGGGCAGCAGAGGCUGGAUUUCCGUUUCGCGCAUUAG